UCAUUCAACUUCGGACCACCAACCAGAGCAGCCACGCGAGUGCUUCCUCCCCCCGUGGAGAACCAAAUUACUCUAGUGCGAGCAAGCAAAAAAAAAAAGCCAAGAAGAAGCAGCCCCCGUGUGUGUGUAAAUUCCCCACGCCGCCGUCGCAACCACCGCAAGCAGCUUACAAACCAGCGAGCAGGCCAGGCCAGCUUAAUUUUCUUCUCCGGGUCAAUUUUGUUUAUCGUAUGUCCAUCCAGAAUCUAAAUACAUUCGACCCAUUUGCGGAUGCAAUAAAGGGUGCUGAUGAUGAUGUACAAGACGGACUCGUGCACAUAAGAAUCCAGCAGAGGAAUGGUCGCAAAACACUAACCACCGUGCAGGGUCUGUCGGCGGAGUACGAUCUGAAGAAGAUCGUGCGAGCAUGUAAGAAGGAAUUUGCGUGCAAUGGCACUGUGAUCGAGCACCCCGAGUACGGUGAGGUUCUGCAGCUGCAGGGCGACCAGCGGGAAAACAUUUGCCAGUGGCUGACCAAGUCGGGCCUGGCGAAGCCGGACCAGCUCAAGGUGCACGGUUUCUAAGCGCGGAAACAGCACCACCUGCAUCAUCAUCAUCUCCACCCAGUUGGUGCUGUUGUUGUUGUUGUUGUUGUCGUUGACCGCCGCCGAAGCCGCGUGGUGUGUGAGAUUCUCUAGAUAAAUGUGACAGCGCAAACGUAACCGGACCGGCCUAACAAGCCACAAACAAACACACACACACUCGGAUUGGGAAUCUUCAGCCACCGACGACGACGACGACCACCGCCGCCACCCACCAGGAGGAGGAGGAGGAGGAGGUGUAUUCCACAGUAAAACAGCAACCAGAAUUUCACAACCAAAACCAGCAAAACGUAAUAUCAAACACAAAUCAUACAAUUCUCUGUGCGUGUGUGAGUUAAAUAAAUGUGUAGUCCCGUACGUGCGCGCGUGUACGCCCUGCCGCUCCUUAUUCUGUCUGCCACCAUCGCGGGGACGACGCCAAUAAGAAGAGUCGCCGGAGUGCCGUCGUUGGCCGGGAUGAGUUAGUAAAAAAACAAAAAAAAAAACAACAUGAACUGAAUUCGCUUUAAAAUCACUGCUGAGAAACGACAACAUAACAAUUUGAUGAUCACAAAACACACACAGUAAAACACCAACCACAUUUAGCUUCCGUUUUUCCCACACUCUCUUUCUCUCUUCAUUCUGAAAUAAUUGUAAAAUUUAACAAAUAACAGCACUUGAAAUGAUUGUGAAGUUUAAUAAAUGAUGCGUAGGUAAUAGAGAGCAAAAUAAUUAAAUUCCUCACACUCUUGAAGUAAAACGACGAAUCGGAACAAGCCAGUAGUAACUGUUUUGUGCCCCGUGUAGUGUAGAAGAUCGAAGAGAAGCCGUUAGUAUUUCGCAGCACACUGUAAGUUGUAAUCGAAGCAGUUUCUUUUUCGUUUUCCCCCCCCCACCAUCACCACUUUUGGUUAAUACUUGUUUUUCUGUUGAACUUUUCAAAUGGCACCGCCUUUCCAAUUUUCCAAAUCGGUUAGUUGAUGUUGAAGAACGACCUGCUACUUGCGCGGGUCGCGUUCGUCAAAAUAAGCCUUUCCAAAACAAAAACAUAACAAAAAAAUGUUGUUGACUUAGAACAGAUUUUUGCUCCCGUUGUAGAAGCUGCUGGAAGAAUCAUGUAUUUAAAUGCGAUCGACGUGUUUAGAGAAGAAGAUGGAAUUGAGCACUGCAGUUUUAACUGGGUGCAGUUUGGGUGGUUUUAGUUUCGCUUCCGGGUUUGUUUGUGCUGACCCUUAUUCGUUUUUCCCCUCCCCUGUUUAAUUUUGUUCAUUUUAAUUUUUCACAUUUGAACUUAGACAAAAUGUAACAGUUUCACCAGUAAAUAAUAAACUUAUAUUCACGUAACCACCAAACAAA